CCACCACAAACCAUCACCAUCACACCACACAGUGAUCAUCAGAAUCCACGUUCAGGGCUGAGCAACACAGGCUGCCCAAGUCCUACACCAUCUUCUGCACAGGCAGUCUAGCCUUGCAAAUCAAAGUCUUUGAUCUUGGGUGUCUGUCCUCACAACAGAGCCCAAAACAUGACUCUCGCAAAACAAGCCGUCUCUUUGUGCCCAAAACAUGGCAUCGAGCCGAUAGACAGACCACAUGGGCUGUAUUUGCAUUAAUUGUCUAGCAAACAGUAGCAGAAUACACUGGGACAAGAACUAUCAUCCGCCAUCCAUCUCAUGUUGUUGAUCACAUACCAAGUCUCACAAGGCCCAGACCAGAUGUGCACACACACGCACAACACACACUAGCUCGGCUGUUGGCGUCUCAGCGUGUCCACUUGCCACAGCCGCAUCGGCCCCAUGAGAACCAAUACGAUAGGCCGGGUUGGACCACAUGAACAGCGGACCUGAACGGCUCCGAUAAUCCCAUGAGCUCUCCGCCGUCGCCAUGGCCAUCAUUCCUCUGUCCGCCUGAUGAACGCUGGGCAACCUGGUAAUUACUGGUGCCUCUCACCGUAAUGAACGUCACCUGGCAUGUAAGCGCAGCUUUUGCCGGAAAUUUUUUUUUUUUCUUUUUCUAUUUUAUUUAGUCAAAACGGCCCCAUCGGCAAACCAGGCCGCUGGUGUUUCGGCGAUGCCCUCACUUCAGCCCUUUGGGUGGCAGCGUGCGAACACACGAGCCCUAAACUGACGGUGCCAGCAAGACAGCCAUCCUCGAGCAUCGUCUUUUGUUUCUACAAUUCGCAUACAUUUCCAUGAUCGGCACCGGUAAAAUGUGUUAGCAGUAGGCCGAACCACCGCAUUAGGCAACGCUCUGCGUCGAACAACCCGGCACAUGAGUCCAUGAUGCAACAUUUAUCUCGAACAUGACGCAAAGACUUCUGUCUUUUUCGCUUACGGAAGAAUAACCUAUCAGCAAAUCGGAGUAUUUAUCGAAAUUUUAAAGCGGUGCUGCGCCAUAGUUCGGUGGAUGUCUUACACGGUGCCCGGACAACCACCACUAAGACGGUUCACUUUGCAAUGAGAGAGCGUUGCCGCUGUAGGCCUUGCAGCGUGGGGCAGAUCUAAUGGGGGGCACGUUUUCUUCGAGAACACUAGCCUGAUCACUCCAAGAACUUGUCUUAUUUUAGAAACCAGGCAGUUGUGUUUAGGUGUGCUGCAGAUAUGUUCAAGAGCCGUCGCCAUGGCCUUGGUGUUCAUCAACUGAGACAAGUGCGCCGGCAAACGUGGUGACGAACUCAAAUGGCUGUAAUCUAGGCAGAAUUUUCCGACAGUUGGUGGCCAUCGAUCAAGUUCCAGUGGCAUUAGCCAAGCCGGUUGUCAUGAAGAGAUACCAUAUUGUGUAGAGGAAGAUCGGGUUGCUAUACAGCUACUUCGUAACGCAACGAAUUAUUAUAAAUGAAGCGACUUGGACGGCUUCAUCAUCAACUCUUUUUAUCAUCAUCACUCACACACUCACACUCACACUCACACUCACACUCACACUUACACUUACACUCCAAAGCCUCAUUCUCAAACAACCUCUCUCACACACACACUCCCACAACAACUUAGACUCAGUCCAACACCCUCACCUUCAAAAUGCAGUUCUUCACCAUUGUCGCCGCUUUCGCCGCCACUGCUGCUGCCUCAGCCAUCCCCAACACUGUCCCCAAGGGUGAAUCUGCUCCCAAUACCCUGGAAGCCCGCCAGAUGCCUCCCAUGGCUUGCCUUCCCGGCUUGAUGGGCACCCCCAACUGCUGUGCUACCGUUGUUCUCGGCCUCGUCGGCCUCAACUGUGACGUCCCCUCCAAGCCUGUCACUGAUGGCAAGAGCCUCGUCAACUACUGCGCUAGCGUCGGCCAGCAAGCCCAGUGCUGCGGUCCCAGUCUGGCUGGCCAAGCUCUUCUUUGCUCCAAGCCCAUCGGAGUCUUCUAGACACAUUCCUCCGAUUCUUACUAACCAACAAUAAUACCCUACAGCGCGUAUAUCUCACUUGAAGCAAUGGUUAAAAAGACUACCUUGUGGAGUGGCAAGCAUGGAAGUUGCUGUAUAUGUAUUUCUUACACAUAUUUUAAUAUCUAUUCCAUUUUUCUUCUUUUCUAA